CCAAAAUAAAGAUUAGAUUGGCAAGAUAACGUCUGUGGUAUGUAAACCUACUGAUGGUAUCCUUUGAGAGACUAGCAGCAUGUUCGCUGCCACUUUGGAUGAAAAAUCCCGUAAAGUAACUUCUCAGACCUGUGGUAAAGACAUUACUAGGUCUGGACCCAAGGUUAAGAAAAAGACCCACUCUCCUGAAGUAACUUUACCACUUCUUUGCCAAAGGCCACCUUCUCUCUCAGCAGCCUUUGAGGCCAGGUCCCUGUUCAGCCGUACCACCGUCCUUCAAAAUGUCCCCCCUGACAGACCUUUAUCAGUGCUGGAACUUCCUCAUCUUGUAGCCCAAGUAUUACCUGGGAGAGCCAUAGGUAACACAAAAUGGACAGAGGGACCUCGACUAAUGGCCUUGGCAUUAGGGACAGACAUCCCUGUAAGAACUGCUACUGAGGUGACAGCACAAAGUCUUACAGAGAAAGAUGAAUCAAUAAAAGUCACAACACGUGAGGAUAAAAAGAUAAGAACGAUAAAAGAUGGGAAAGCGACCAAACCAAAAAACAUUCCUCUCACUGGCACAGAAGUCGUUCAGAUUUUUGCCCAGAAAGGACACCUGGCAGAAUUGGAGCUUUAUUACCUGAAACAAGUGGAUGGGGACUCUUGCAGACCCUAUGAUCUUCAAGUGGUCCAAUCUAGUGAAGCUGGUUCUGAGCACUACAUCUUCUCCUCUAAUUCUGUACUACAUGUGACAGAGAGGGGUUAUGGUGCACUUGUCAGUCUGGCAGAGUGGUACAGGGAGUCUGUGUUGUGGACAGCUUUGCAGAAAAUCCAAUUUUUCAGGGACUUCAGACUGCGAAAAGCUUUCAAUUGGUGGCAUAGAAAUGUGCGCAAGAUCAUUUUUCAGCGCAGGAGUAAGAAUCUGCAGGACAUGCUGCUUAUAGCUGUACCUCAGUUCAGAGGUGCACUUCAUCUGUUCAGCAGACUCAUUGAAGACAUGAAGGAGACACACCAGCUGCCCCAGGAGGACUGUCAAACCUACACAUUGCUGGAAUUCAAGAACAUAUUGAUUACCAAGAAUCAAGAGUGUCAGCAGAAUCUGGAGAAAUUAUCACAGUAUCGCGCUGUCAUCCUAAAUGCGGUGAAAGAGAACAGCUAUAAGGCACACCACGAGCUGCUGUUGCACAUGGAAUAUGCUAGAAAGCCAAAUAAACGCUUUGAACCCCUUCACCUCCACCUGGCUCACCAGCAGGAGCUGAAGAAAGAGUUGGCUCAGUCUGAAAGCAUCUUGCAGAAAUUGGGAAACCUUGCUUCUCUCAUCAAUCAAAUGAUUGUACAGAGUCUCAUUACAAUCAUCAGACAAGAUGUCAAUUCUUUUCUCAGCAAUGUUCUGAAGAGAGAGAGAUCUCAGCAGUGCAGCCUCUUCCACACUGAGCUGUGUUUCAGUGCUAGUAGUCAGCUGACUGUGGACCCACCAGUACAUCUGUUCCAAGAGGCAGUGGGUGAAGCACUUCUGACUGUUGGUGACUCCAUUAUUCAGAUGUGUGACACUUGUGGAUUCUUCCUGGAGAUCAGCAACAAUGUCUUAAACUCUGAUUUUGCUCAGGAUUUAACUUCUGGCCUCAGUUGUAUUGAACAUCCUACUAUUACAGGGGAGCGUAAGAACAAUGGUGGAAUGACUUACCACCGAAAGUUUUGCUGCUGGCAAUUGCUCAGAGACCUGUCAGCUCACUCGCUGGUGCUGCCAAAUCAAACCCUGCUUAUGGUGCAGGGCAACAUGGUGCAUGGCUGCUACUAUCCUCUCUGUAAGACACAGCUGGAGUGGCAGAUCAGCAUCAAUGACUCUUCAAAACAAGUUGAGAGAGAGCAGGCCAAGAUCAUGCAAGAAGUCGAACUAGAAAUCCAGCAGCUGUGUGAGUGCUACAAAUGGUUGGUGGACAUUAAUUUGUUCAUUAAUCAGUGGAGUCCGGCCUCUUUGGAAUCCAUGAAGGGUCAGCCUGCUUUACGGUAUGAGGAGCACAUUAAGAAAAUGCGCUUCUGGGCUGAAAGAAUCAACACAGUUCCCUCUACAAUCUCUACCUCCAGCCAACUGUUCAUAAUCCACUGCACCCACGCAAAGGAAACUCUAGGGCGGCAACUGAGGUUCAUUGAGGAGGAGGUGCUGGAACAGCUAGUUGAGCAGAUCAAGCUGCACACAGAGAGCCUCAUAUCAGAUUUGGAGAUGACUAUAGCUGAACUCAAGACAGAAGCUCAAACCUUACAUGACCUUUCAAAAUAUGCUCUUAUGGUGAGGGAAUCUGUGAAAACGUUGGCUGACACACAGAAGCGGUUGGAGUACAUUCACUCCCUCCAGAACACUGUUUGCAUGAACUACAGAUUGAUGAACGAGCAGGAGCUGACUUUGGAAAAAAAGAUGCUGGGCUUGUGGGAUUGCUUUUUAUCCUUCUUGAAGGAAGCAGACAGCAUUGUGUGCCACCGUCUUCCUUCAGCAGCUAACGCACUGGAAACUAUGUACUCAUUUAUGGUCUGUGACCUUAAAAAUGUGCUUGCUAAAGCUACAUCUGGACCCUUCAUUGACCCAACCCAGAAUGCCAAAGAGAUGGUCGCUAAAUUGAACAGUAUGUGUGCCCAUGUACACAGUCUGAAUGCAAAGCUGGAACAACUCAGUAGGAACAGUCAAAACCUACAAGAACAUACGUUGGAUUUGACCACUCUGACCAAGGGUAUUGAGAGGGUGAAAGCCUGUACAAAGUUGUGGGAGCUGAUUGCUGCAUACACAACAUGGAUGGAAGAGUGGAAACAGUUGCUUUUCAGUGAGAUUGUGGUGUCACAAGCUGAAGAGAAAAUUGCCAAGUGGAAGGAGCAAGCUCUUUCUCUAACAAGUGUCAUGCCUACCCAAGAUUUGGUGCUGCAGGAGACUUUAGGAAUCCUGGAAGGUCUAAGCCAUCAGCUUGCAGUCAUGGCCAAGCUACAGAGCCCAACUCUCAGACAUAAACACUGGGGAGCUAUUUUUGAAGGCUUGGGCCUACUGUAUGUCCCAGAAAAGAAGGUGACUGUUGCUGAGCUUAUGUCUCAACGACUUGAAUUGCACCAGAAACUAAUUACUAAGAUAUGCAGGGAUGCACAAGCAGAGUGUGACAUGGAGAAGACCUUCCUAAAGCUUCAACAAGGAUGGAAAUCCAGACUCUUCCAGCUGGAUAAAUUCACUCACCCUGUUUGGCAGCAUUGUGAGCUACAACAUGGAUUAACGGACACAGGGAAGCUCAGGGAAGGCACCGUUUCAAAUCUCCAAUCAGCCAGUCAACACUCCUGUAAUGAUUCAGGAUUCACCAUCAUCGGUCUGGAAUUACUAUUUGCUGAGAUAGAGAAUGAUUUGAUGACUCUGUCCACCAUGUUGAAGUCUCCAUACAGUUUUGAGUUCAGGCGGCAGAUGGAAAAUUGGGUGCAAUCACUGCAAGAGCUUGAGGAGCUGCUUGAUUUAUUUGAAAGAUACCAGCAAAUAUGGGGCUUCCUCACAAAGAUGUUUAAUGAAACAUUCUUUAGUGUUCAAAGAGUGGAUCUGCUGCAGCGGUUCCAACCAGUUGAUGAGACAUUUAAGGAAAUUAUAUGCACAGUAACAACCGAUCCUCACGUGUUGAACUUCGUUAAUUCCAAGAAGACAAAUGACAAAUAUUAUGGUAAUAGUCUUUGCCAGAUUCUCAUUGAUGGCCUGUCCUCAAUGGAUGCUAUUUCCAACCAGAUGGUGGAUCUCCUGGAUGCCCUGCGUGAACAGUUUCCAAGACUCUGGUUCUUGAGUGACAGAGAAGUCAUACAACUACUCUCCUUUCAUCCAACACCUUUCAUGCUGCAACCCCUUGUACGCAAAUGCUUUAAAGGUGUACACUGGCUCGAGGUGGAUAGUGAAAUACCAUGUAACACAAGAGAUGUAAAGAGCCAUGAGACCACAUGUGGAAGCCACAGAAAGAUGAGGGUGCUGGGAGUUUUUUCCCGCCUCAAGGAGCACAUUACCUUUCCGUCUCCUUUAGAACCAAAUAUCAAUGCCUUGCUCUGGCUAAAUGUCUUUGAGAAACAAUUAAAGUUGACCAUGGUACACCUCAUGAAACAAUGUGCUGUUGUGCAAAACCAGCUUCAACCAUCCAGUCAAGAUUUGGCAUGUGACAAGGAAGUUGGAGACAUCUUGCUCCACAUUGCUAGUAGGAGAAGAAAAAUACAACCUUUGCUGGAUCUGCUGUCUAAAUACCCUCUCCAAUGUCUGCUGGUGGCUGAAGAGGCAGUAUGGUGCAGUGUUCUUCAACAAGCUUUCCAGGAAUCAAGCCCAGUGAAGCUGAGCAACAUAAAGGCAUACAACUCUGAAAAGCUGAAAAGCCUUGGCUGUUCAAUAAGGGAUGGAGUCACAGGGACUAAAAGUGACUCUCUGGUUUCUAAGUACAUGAUGAUGUGUCUGCGUGCUUUAGUGCAGCUUACAAUGAAUCAUGCACAGCAGCUAUCUCGACUCAUGGAGGUACAGUGUGUGCCUGAGUCAUCUUUUGAGUGGCUAAGUUUGAUGAAGUAUCAUGUAGAUUUAGAAGUUCAGAGUCUCAAAGUCAGUGAUGAACCAGCAUGCUAUGUGGAUGUUUUGGGCCACCGCCUCCAAUAUGGCUAUGAGUAUCUUGGUCCAGAAGACUGGGUGAUGGUGCAUACACCUUCCACAGACCGGGCAAUGCUGGGGAUUCUGUUUGCUCUAACAAGCUACAGAUGCGGGUUUGUGAGUGGACCUUGCAUGUCAGGAAAGAAAAGAACUGUGGUCCAUUUAGGAAAAGCGCUGGGGCGGCAGGUUGUCAUUCUACAGUGUUGUCCGAGCAUGAGACCUGGUGUUGUUCAGCAGAUGCUGUUUGGUGCCCUCCAGACUGGAGCAUGGCUUCUGCUGGACUCUGUGGACUUACUAACACAAGGGGUCCUGUCAUCACUGGGACAGCAUCUUGUUGACAUUCACCAGUCCUUCUGUGGGGUAACAGGAAAAAGUAAUCAAAGAGUGAAUGAUGAGCCAAAGGACAGGACUACUGAUGGGGUCAAAGGUUGCUCAAAUAUUGUUGAACCAGAGUGCCACAUGACACUUGCAGGGAAAAGCAUUUCUGCUAACUUCAACUACGGAUGUGUUCUCAUCUCAUCGCAGGGGUAUACAUCCAAGGUUCCAGAGAGUCUGCGAUUAGCAACCAGACCAGUCACGUUAACCCAUCCAGAUUACAGGAUCAUUGCAGAAGUAAUGCUGACUUCUAUUGGUUUCACAGAGGCCAUGUCUUUAAGUCAGCGCCUCGUGUCUCUCAUCAGCCUGGCCAAGGAUUCCUUCUGUCUGCCUGAUUUCAUCAGUGAUGACCAGAGCUGCUAUCUUUAUGUCUUGCAAAAAAUAAUCUCUGCCUCUGAAAUACACUUAAAACAAAGUGUGAGGCAACGAGAAAUUUCAGAUGUGGCUAAAAGAUCAGCUGCAGAAAAAAAUUAUCUAAUGUCCUCCCAAAAUGCUUCUACCAGAGUUGUAGAGAAUGAUAGAAAAGAAUCUGAAGAAACCAGGUUAUGUAGUUCUCAUUUAGCAGUUGUACAUGGCUUAAUGGAGGAAACAGCCAUUGUCAAAGCGAUUCUUUCUGUCCUAUUACCUGUUCUUUAUGACCACAAGAAAGCCUCACAGUUCUGCCUCAUUUUCAAGGAUGCAUUCCCUAUAGCAUGCCAGUUUCCUCUUUUCCAACAAUAUAUUGAGGAAGAGGAGAAGAACCAACUUCAAGAUGCAGUUAUAGAAGAAUUACAAAGGAAACAGUUUCACUCUGACACAGAAAUAAGCAGCGCUCUUACACUCUACCAGACUAUGAAAUACUCUCAGGCAGUUCUGCUUAUAGGCCCCCCAGGUAGUGGAAAGACAACCUGUUACUGCGCUCUAGCAGGAGCACUCAAUAGUCUGGCAGCCAAGGCAGUCAGAUACGUAUUUGAAAAUGACAAUAUCAAAGGAGAUCCCCCACAGGCAGAUCCACAGAUCUCUGCUUCAAACUGGAACUCUGUUGACACUGUGGUUUUAUUUCCUAAUACCAUGUCCCAUGAUGAGGUAUUUGGCUGCUUCUGUGGAAAGAGAGGAUGGCAAGAUGGAGCUGUGCCAAAAGUGCUAAGAGUUUCAGAACGAUGGGAACGCACAAAUUCUAAACUGUGCAACAAUAAGAAGAAAACUGAUCAGACACCAAUAGUGAAAUGGCUGGUAAUGGAUGGGGAGCCUGUGGGGCAGCCUGGCUGGUUAGAUUACAUGACCACACUUUGUGAUCCUGAGCAGCCAUUUCUGUUCCUGUCAUCAGGUGAAACACUUGUGCCAUCCCAAUCAUACCUAAAGCUACUCAUGGAGAUCACAGACCUAAGAGAUGCAAGCCCCUCUGCAAUGACCCGUUGUAGCCUUGUUUAUUUCACAGGAACUGAACUGUGGAAGGCUGUGUGGAAGAAAGAAAUGGAUGCUCUCUACUGUGAACACAGAGUGGAUCAAGGGAUCUUGAAAAUGUGGAAUCGUCUAGCUGAAGAUCUUUUCCCCAGCACUCUUAGUUUGCUUAAGCAGAACGCUUUAACAUCUGCAAUCCAUGGUAAAGGAGAGUUUUUUAAAAGCCCUGUGUAUGGACUGCAAGAAAUCAUGUCAUUCGCUCGUAUCCUAUGUGCCCUUCUACAACAUUUUGGGAAGGAAGUAGAAAAAGCUGAGGAAAUACCACCAAGAGACAAAAUAGGUAUACCUCUACAUGGAACCGACACACCAGGCAUGGAUGCCCAGAGAAAACAAGAGCUGCUUGUCAGAAACAUUUUUCUGGUGGCUUAUAUUUGGGGAUUUGGUGGACAUCUGCAUCCUUGCCAUUGGCCACAGUACAACUUGCUAGUCCGCCAAGUGCUGUUUACUUGCCGUUACAAAAUUGUGGUACCUGAUGAAGAGAGUGUGUUUGAACACUUCUUUAGCACUGACAGUAAGAUGUGCCCCAAGGACACACUGUUGACAAAUUCCGUCAUUCCCAAGUAUAGGAAAUACACCUAUCUCCUGAGCCUCAUGUUGGAGACGAACCAGCCAGUCUUGCUUGCAGGAGAGCCCAGUUCUGGAAAAACCAGCCUGUGCCAAAGUUUGCUGAGUUUUGACAAGCCACACAUUAGCCUUCCAGCCAGUCCACGCCUGAGCUCCAGAGACCUGCGAAGUAUACUGAACAACAUCAGCUGCCAGAAGUACUGUAAAGAUACUGUGGGUUCUGCGACCAAACGGCGGAGAUUGCUUCUGUUUGUGGAUGAUUUGCAUGAAGCCCCCUGUGAUGCCUUUGGAAAAACAUCGACUGCUUUAGAAUCGCUACGACAGAGUAUUUCAAAGGGAGAAAUUCUAACAUUUGAUAGCCACCAUGUCAAGUUAGUGAGUUCUCGAACCAUCAGCUACAUGGCUACCUGUUGUGUCUCUGGACUGGGCAGUCACCACAGUAAUGUUAUAUCCUCCCGGCUCUCUCGCCUCUUCUCCAUCUUUGUGCUCCCUAGCCCAUCUACAAACGUUAUAUUGUCUAUCCAUUCCCGGAGGCUACAAGUCUGGCUCGAAGAAAUGCCGCUUAAGCAGAGCAGUGAGGAUGUGGCAUGUUGUAUCAUCACUGCAACUAAAAAUCUGUAUGAUGCUGUAUGUGAGCAAUUCCAGACUACUGUACACAGGCCGUAUUUCAUGUUCUCUCAUCAUGACCUGCAGAAGGUGUUUCAGGGGAUGUACCUGUGGCAGCCUAACAUCCCAAACGCAAUGCAGAAAAAGGACUAUGCAAUACCAUUCCUACCAGGGCCUGCAGCAACACUGUUUAACAUAGCACAUCUCUGGAUGCAUGAGUGCAUGCGUACAUUUAGUGAUAGGUUACGCUCAGAAGAUGAAAGCAAAACUCUUGCGUCACUCAUAGUCAAGGUUUCAGCAACACACUAUGGCAUUAGAUUGGUUGAUCGACCCCACCCUGACAGUAUGGAUGUCCCACCUACUGUCACCAACCUUCCUAUUCACACACUACCCACAAACACAGCAGGCACCUGUAAGCAAAUAGGUGAGAAUCCAGAAACCUUAAGUCCGCCACAAGAACUGAAACCAGCUGACCGGUCAGACCUGAAGAAAGACUGUACAUUGACUGAACCUUCCCUUCUGUCUGAAAACACCUGUUCAGAAGAGGCAGGCCUAAAAACUCAUCCUCUGCAGCCCCAGAUUCUUCAGCAUAUGGAGGACAUAAUUCCUACAGUUGCAUAUGGUCCUGAGCUCUCAGUGGCUUUGAAUUCAAUAGAUCAGCAACACAAUUUCAAAUGUAGCUCUUCUUACAAGGCUCAAGACCUUGAUGCACUACUUCAAAAUCUGUCUGCUCUCAUGGACAGAAAAAAAGGCGACUUACAACAUGAAACUGAUAAUAACUACAACAUCACAUCCAGAUACAUUGUGCACAGACAGAGAGUGAGUCAGCUUUUACAUAUCCUCAGGGCAUUGCUCAUACCUGGAGGUCAUGGAGUACUGAUAAGCUCAGACAGAGGCACAGGUCGUAGAUCCAAUGUGCGUUUAGCUGCUUAUCUUACUGGCUAUCAGUUGAUGGAGGUACAUUCCGGUAAUGAGAAUAAGUUGCAUGAAAUCCUAAAAGAGGCUGGGAAUAGGACUAGAGGGGAUGGAGGUAAUAUUAUCAUACUCGUCCAUGAAGAUAUCAGCCGGUCUGUUAGAGAAGAACUGCUGGUGGCGAUGGCCCACAGAACAUACCCAGCGCUCCACACAGAGGAGGAGCUGAGGAACCUUGUUUCCAGAGUGACGGCAGUGAAAAACUCAAGAAGAUACCUUAUGGACAGUUGGAUGUUUGAUAAGUACUUGAGUCAAGUCCACAGAAAUGUCCAUGUGUUCCUUCUGAUGCCCUGGACCAUGUCAGACACCAGUGGGAUGCCUUCCAACGAUGGAACCCAUAAUGGAAAUGGACAAAUGACCAAGGCCCUGAGCCUGAGCUGCUGUGUUGAGAUGUACCAGCUGUGGUCCAGCCAGUCUUUAACGGAAGUUGCAGCUCAAUGCCUCAAAACCAGCCCCUACAAAAUGAAGAGAGAAGGCUCAGAGGCCAGCCUGUAUGUGGCCAUGGCAGGAAUCCAUCAAUCUGCAUGUCAAUAUGCUUCUGUCCUUCUAAGAGCCCAGCCUUUCAGCCCUCAGACUUAUAUGGAGUUCAUUGCCCACUUUGGUUACCUCUCCAACCACCUGCACAAACAACUGCAGGGCCAGGCCAACAGAAUUGCCUCUGUUCUGUCUCAUUUGGAUGUGUUGAACAACACAGCUCUGCAGUACAAACAGCACUUAAAAAGAUUGGAAGAGAAGGUGGCUGGGACACAGCAGCGUGAGAAAGCGUGCCUCAGAACUGUAGAUGAUCGGAAAAGCCUGCUUGAAGAAGCUCAGGAGAAAUGUGUGGUACAGGAGAACAAGCUGUAUCACCUGGAAGAGCAGAUUAAUCAUGCUCAGAGACAGGUAAGGCCUGUGUUCCUCUCAGGCCUCAAAAUUCUGAAGUGUCUGAAUCCAUCUGACCUGGAGGAGGUGCGCCACUACAGAGAUCCACCUGAUGGAGUGGUGAAAGUCAUGGAUGCUGUUUGUUUGCUGUUUAAUCGUCCACCAGGCUGGGAGAGUGCUAAACAGCUUCUUGGACAAUCCAACUUUUUCCAGGAGCUGGAAUUUUUUGACCAGUACAGCCUAACAAAUGAACAGCUGCAGCGUCUCGGCCAGAUAGUUCACAGUCCCCAGUUUGUGCCAGAGUCUGUGCGAGAGGUGAGCAAGGCCUGCGAGUCCCUGUGUCGAUGGGUUCAGGCUGUGUAUGAAUACUGCUGUGUGCAACACCAGCUGUUGGUCAAGCAGAAAUUGGAGGUCGUAGCCGAACAGACACGAGGUCAACUGUACUUUGCCGAUCAGCACAAGGAGGAAGCACACCUUCGUCUCGAGGAUGUUAAGCUUCAGCUUCGGUUUGUGCAGAAAGACCUAGAGAAGCAACUUCUGGAGCUGCAUGAAGCUGAGAGCAUGGAAAGAGAAGCUACUACAGCUGCUGAGCAGUUAGAGGCACAUGUCAGAGACUGGAGGGCGGCUGCUCAGGAGGCAGAGUUAAAUAACCAAAACUUACCAGGAGAUGCCCUCAUCCUGGCUGCAAUCAUCGCUUACUUAGGGCCAUUUGCACCUGAUAUCCGGACAGAACUGCUGAGCAAGUGGAGACAGCUAUGUCAGACAGGAAGCAUCGACAUAAACCCAAAGGACCCUAGGACCUCCCUGUUUACACAGUCAGACCCUGCACCUCCUUAUCCCCCUCUCGGUUUUCCCAUCCCUAUGUUUGAAAGGCUGCAGCUGCUUCUGGGUCGGGCAUUAGGUUUGAAUGCGUGGCAGCUCCAGGACACUGUAUCUGCCAGGGUGGUGGUUGAGCUGCUGCUGUGGGGCUACAGAAAUGCCUUGGGUCAGCGCUGGCCUCUACUGGCAGACUUCCAGCAACAUCAAGAUAUGAACUCUCAGAGCUGGCUCAUCACAGGUGAGCAUGCCAAUCUUGAGACAGAGUGUGAGAUGGUGGUUUGUGCUGAUGACCCAGAGCUGCUGGACAAGUUGGACCAGGCGGCUGAGAAAGGUUUGAGAGUUCUGGUAACUCAUGUUGAACAUGCAAACCCCAGUCCUCAGUUUCUGGACAGAGUGGCCCCCCGUGCUGGAAUUUGCCUUCCCGGGUUAAAGCAGCAUGUUCAGCCAACCCACCCCAAAUUCCGUCUCUUCCUCAGCACUCAUCUGCCUGCCCGAAUGCUUAGCAAUGAGAUCCAUCCAUCCAUCUUGGCUCAGGUUCAGGUAGUCGACCUCUCUCUGAGCUCAGAUGAGAUCCAGGAGCUGAUGCUGACACAGCUGCUGCAAUCUGAGUGCAAAGAGCUGCUGAUUCAACACCGACGGCUCCAGAAUGACAAGCAGUUGCUGCAGGAGAAGCUGGCGACAGAAGAGGAUGCUCUGAUGGACUACAUCCUGCAGUCGAACUCCUUACUGCUGCAGGACUGUGAUUUUCAUGCCUGCAUGGCUGUGUGUCAAGAAGCAAUGAAGAAACUGCAGACGGAGAUCCAGCAGCUGACUGAGGUGCUGGAGUACCAUGACGCUUUAGUGGCUACCCUCCGACAGUUAGUGAGGCUGGCUGCUGCCCUCUAUCAGGCUCUGCAGGAGGUGUCCCGUCUUUCCCCCGCCUACUACUUUUCUCUACAUGGCUUCAUCACAGUUAUGCAAGAGGCCUUCAUUGCGAAGGGCAGACCAUUAGUGUCAUUUUCCACUGGGAAAGCGCCAGGGAUCAUAGAACCAGAGAUUACAAACAAGAUGGUUGCUCAGCUGCUGGCCCAUUACAGGCCUUGUCUCUUCAAGAACCACGUUGCUGUCCUGAAGCUGCUGGUGUCUGUGGCUCUGCUCCAACACAACAGGCUCUGCUCUGAGGGUGAGAGGCUGGCUUUACUCAGGGGCCUUCAAGACAUAGAACAUCCUGUCUGUAAAGGUAAACCCUGCCCUGCUUCUCAGACUGCCUCACAGUCCACCACUUCUCUGCCCAGCUGGAUACCCGCUCAUAUCCAUCCAGAGAUCCUCUGCUUGGAGAGGAUCCUGGCCUUCAGAGGGCUGAUUUCCUCACUGUCCACUUCCCCCAUACAGUGGCAGGAGUACCUCCACUUCCCUUCCUCCACUGUGAUAGGGCCUGUUCCCUGUCGCUCUCACUCCCAUCUGUCCCUGCCACAGCGAGCUCUCCUCUGGAAAACCAUGCUCCCCUCCUGCCUCGAGGGACUAGCUGAUGUGAUAGCUGCCUGCCUCCUCUGCCUGCCAAAACAGACUGUGGGGUCUGACGCCCCUCACACUGGGAACCCAGAGUCCCUCUCACGAUACCUUGUCAAACAUGAGGGACCCAUCAUUCUUGCAUUGCCCUGUCCAAGAAGAGACACCUUUACAAGUAUUCAGCCUCUUCACUUAAUAAAUAAAUUGGCAGACGGUGUAGCAGAAACAAAGAAGGUGAAAGUAAUUUCUUUUGGGACUCUGUGUGACAGAGAGGUCAUCCUCUCAGCACUGGACAAGGCAGUUAAUGAUGGCCACUGGUUGGUUUUUAACAACUGUCACUUGUUGGAACAAUGGGAUGAUAAAGUCGUGGCUCGCCUCAAUCAGUUGAUCUUCUCUUUCAAAGAGGAGCGAUGCCUGAUUCACCCAUGCUUUCGGUUGUGGUUUAUAACUCAAGAAUAUGCAUUACGCCACAUACCAGUGGCAGUGCGUACGUGUGCCCUGCCGCUGGUCUGUGACUCUCCCUGGGAUCUGAAGGAGGAGCUGAGCUGCUCCUUGCAACAAGUGGUGUCCUUCAUACAAUGUCAAUCACUGUCUGGUCAGACAGCAGACAACAUGGAGCUCCUCCUCCGCUGUGCCAUCUUCCACUCUGUCUUACUGCAGAGACAGACCUAUAAAUACCUCGGCCAGGGGAGAAUCUACAACUGGAGUCAGGAAGACCUCCAGGCUCUGGUGGAUGCACACAAUUGCAUUGCCAGUCUCUGCGAUAACAAGACCAAAGCUUUGCAGUAUAUAGCAGUCAAUCUAGUGCAUGGAGGCCAUGUGCUGGACUCUGCAGAUUUGGUGGUGGUGGAAAGCGUUGCCAAGACCUGCCUCAGCAGAGUGUCACCUCUGUGGGGCAGUGGACCACACUCCCUCUCAAAUAUCAUCAGCAGUCCUGGCCAAUUCGAUUUGUCAGGACUUCUGCAGGUUUUGGAGCAGGGUCUUCAGGAUUCACCGAACAUGAAUGACCCUCUUGUGCUUGGAUUUAGUACAGAUGUGGCAGCUGAGAUAAUCAAGAUCAAUAGUCACAAUUUGAACUUACAACUGCAGGCCUCUCAGACUCCUCAAGGGACAGUGAGGAGUGUCUACACUCAGCUUAACCAGCCCUCCACCAUGCCAGCCUAUAGUCAUGCAAGAGACAGACUGCAGGCUCUGAAGAGUUUCCUCACAAACAAGAAUGACAGCAGAGUUACAAAUACAGGAGCUGUUUCUCACAGUUCAGUAUGUGACUUCAUCCAGGCUGAGUGGGACGAUCUCAUUGAUUUGGUGUCCUCGCUCCUCUCACAGCUUCAACAGCCCGUUCAAUACAGCACGCCGACCUUUGCUUCCAUCCUCAAGCUCACCGACUUGUCUCGCUUGGAGAAGAGAGCAGAGUUGCUCAGUACUUACCUCUGGCGCUGCAACACUUCGGAUCCACCUGGCGCAUACCGACUAUCUGCUUUCAGAAAUGCCGGAGGGUUUCUGGUGGCAGUGAUGAGAGAGGCUGCUCAAGUAAAUCGCAAAUAUAUCAGUGAUAUAAAACUGCAUUUUCAGGUUCUGAGUGAAAGCACAUACCCGGCUUCACUUCCUCUGGGUGCUGCGUAUUUGUGUGGCCUGGAGCUUAGAGGAGCAUCAUGGGAUACACAGCUAAGAGCCCUACAGGACACAGUCUCUGCGGAGUCAUGCUCACUGCCCCUUGUUUGUGUCGAGGCUCAAGUCAGGAGCACAAAUACUGCCGGAGAUACCUUCCCGUGUAAAAGUUCAUAUCUAAUGGACACCAGCAAUGUUCAAAUCUCGGAUGCUUCUGAGUCGACUGCCUCUCAGUUACCAGUCUACCAUUGCCCACUCUAUCUAGAUGAAGAGCAGGAGACAGGAGACUGGGGGCUGGCAGAUGUUAACAUUAUCACUAAGGUUCCCCUUCAUGCCAGGCUAAAUCCUGUGUUGUGUAGUUUGAGAAGGGUAAGGCUUGUUAGUAUGCUCUGACUGAAACAACAUGGAUUUAUCAGGCGCGAUGCAGCAACUGAUGUUCAGACGUACUGAUGCAGUAACACCUGAGAAAUAUUGUAAAUAUGUCAUUAGAACAAGUGCUCAUAUGAAUUUAUGUGAAACCUCAAAUAAAUUUGCAAUUACUGUGUAAUGUCUGUUUAUACAUUAUGUUUUGUGAUGCUUUGAAUUUGGUUUUUCAUUAAAACUGUUACACAAUGUCA